AUGUUGCGACAACUAGCAGCGCGGCUGCCCCUCGGCCGUCGGGCCUCUGCCAUCCCCAGCAGAAGCAGCACCAUUCUGCGCUGGGCUACCCCCGCCGGCCUCAACCUCCCCCAACGCUCCAUGGCGACCAUUGCCGUUGAGGGCAUCCCCCAAGAACCCACCGACCUCGACCGUAUCACCACGCUCCCCAACGGCCUGCGCGUCGCCUCCGAAGCGCUCCCCGGCUCCUUUGCCGGCGUCGGCGUCUACGUCGAGGGCGGCUCGCGCUUCGAGGACGCCUCGCUCCGGGGCGUCUCGCACAUCAUGGACCGUCUCGCCUUCAAGUCCACCGCCGGGCGCUCCGCCGACGCCAUGCUGGAGCGCGUCGAGGCGCUCGGCGGCAACUUCCAGUGCGCGUCGUCGCGCGAGAGCAUGAUGUACCAGGCGGCCACGUUCAACGCCGCCGUGCCGCAGGCGGUCGAGCUGCUGGCCGAGACGAUCCGCGCGCCCUCCCUCACGCCGGGCGAGGUCGCCGAGCAGAUCGAGACGGCCCGCUACGAGAUUGCCGAGAUUUGGGCCAAGCCCGAGCUCAUCCUGCCCGAGCUCGUCCACACGGCCGCGUACAGGGACAACACGCUCGGCAACCCCCUGCUGUGCCCCGAAGAGCGGCUCGCCGAGAUUAGCCAGGACACGGUGCUGCGCUAUCGGGAGCGCUUCUACAGGCCGGAGCGCAUGGUGCUGGCGUUUGCCGGCGUCGAGCACAAUGUCGCCGUCGACCUCGCCAAGCAGUUUUUCGGCGACAUGUCGAGCGCCUCCGUCUCCUCCCGGCGCGGCUCCGAGUCCAGCAUCGCCACAUCAACAUCCACCUCUUCCUCCUCCGCCAGCAGCAGCGCCGCCGCGUCCUUUUCCACAUCCGCCUCGCGCGCCCACGCCACGCCCACCACAUCCGCCCUCAGCCUCCCUGCCUACCCGCCCGCGCAGUACACGGGCGGUUUCCUCACCCUCCCCGCGCAGCCGCCGUCGCUGCACAAGACCAACUUCACGCACGUGCACCUCGCGUUUGAGGGCCUCCCCGUCGCGUCCGACGACAUUUACGCGCUCGCCACGCUCCAGACGCUGCUCGGCGGCGGCGGGUCCUUCUCCGCCGGCGGGCCCGGCAAGGGCAUGUACUCGCGGCUGUACACCAACGUGCUCAACCAGCACGGCUGGGUCGAGUCGUGCGUCGCCUUCAACCACUCCUACACCGACUCGGGCCUGUUUGGCAUCUCGGCGUCGUGCCUCCCCGGACACACGUCGGCCAUGCUCGACGUCCUGUGCCAGGAGCUGCGCGCGCUCACGCUCGAGGCCGGCUUCUCGCGCCUCGGCGCCGUCGAGGUCGCCCGCGCCAAGAACCAGCUGCGCUCCAGCCUCCUCAUGAACCUCGAGAGCCGCAUGGUCGAGCUCGAGGACCUCGGCCGCAGCGUCCAGGUCCACGGGAAGAAGGUGCCCGUCCGCGAAAUGUGCGCCAAGAUUGAGGCCCUCACCGUCCAGGACCUGCGCAGGGUCGCCCGCAUGGUGCUCGGCGGCCACGUCGCCAGCGCCGGCGGCGGCAGCGGCGCUCCCACCGUCGUGCUGCAGGAGGCCCAGGCCUACGGGCUCACCAGCCACACCAUGACCUGGGACCAGAUCCAGGACCGCAUCGACGGGUGGAAGCUCGGCCGCAAGCAGUGA